AUGCUGUCCUUUCCUCACGCGGUGCCGCUCUUUUGUUUUUAUAAGCAUCUCGGCCGAGUCUUGAGGUGUCUGGCCCCCUUGGCCCAGCUCGGGACCUGCUCCAAAAUCGGUCAUUUUGCGGAGAUUGCGCUUUUCUGGUUCCUGUGGCGCCGCAGGGUUCGUGGAGGAGAGGCGGCUUUAUUCUCUGUGUUUUUAUCUCGAGAUUAUGCCCAAUCGAAUGCUGUGCCAGUCCCACGAGUCCACCCCUUCUCUCCCCUGCCCUUCCCCGGCAGCCUCAGAUGGGCCGUUCAUCAAGCUGGACAUUGA